CACUGGUAUUCACUGUGGAGAUCGAGUAGGGGGUGAAUGAUACCCAUCGUUGUGGCGCAUUCACUCUUCAGAUAAUUCAAGUGAUAAGCGUGGAAACUUUAAGCAGAGAACGACACGAAUAUUCGUUGGAAAUCUUUUCGUUGGAAUUCAGAAAAUCAAUUGGACAACGGCCAUGAAAAUUGUUAUAAGAAUGUUCUUGAUGGAAAUCAUAAUGCUAUCAUCGUCUUGUGGUCUGCCCAUUUAUGAAAUGCAAUCGUACCAUUCAUCGUCAGAUGUAAAGGAUUCUGAAUUUAUGCCUAUGAUUACUUCAUCAUGCACUUCCAACGGCGGAUGUUGGGGUUGGUUGUCAACAGGUCGCAAUCGGACUAACGGACCCCAAAAGUUAAAUGCUCAUCGUCGCCAUGAUAAUUUCAACAUCUCAACAUUUCAACAAAAUUCCGAAACAGAAGCAGAUGCUCCCCUGAAAUCUCCGAUUGUUAAAGGAGUAGUCGAAGACGCAAGAUCAAUGUUGUCAGUACUUCGGAGAAUUCCAAGUAAUAAACCGGUUAAAAAAGAUGCAUUUAAUGCGCGGAGUUGGGGUGCUGGUGGUAUGCCAUUUUCCGUUCUCUACAUGAAUCCACAUGGAACACGAAUGAGCCAUCCUACUCCAGAUACACCAAAAAAACCUAGUGAGUUACCUAAGAAGUUAGCGGACGUUCACGCGACUACUUCAAAACAACAAAAUAAUCGAGUAACUGUGAGAAAUGGUACAUCAUCGACACGAAGACAGUAUUCAAUAAUACCCCAACUAUUUAUAUCCUACGGUUGGGGGCCAUUUGGGAAAUAAAGAUCAAUUAUUUGUCAUAUUGGUUGAAGAUUGAUCUCAUUAGGCCCUAAUAAUGCAAUGGACAGUAAAUGUUAGAUAAAAUCUAGUUAUAGAUUCCACAAACCACUUCCUGUCAAUUUUUGUGAUUUAUUAUUUUUCCGUGUAAAUUUAUGCAGACACGACUGUUAUAAACUAUUCACUCGUAGAAAAUUAAAGCCUGCACUUAAAUAUAAAUUUAUUGAAUUAUAUAAA